CUGUGCCUUCUGUUGCCCCUACAGUUAAUGUCUUAUUGAACUGAACUUCAGGACAGCAGACUGAGAUCAGCCGCAAAAUCAGUAUUACACCAGGAAAAACCUCAGAAAUAUGCACAAAGAUAGAAAAAUGAUGAUAUUCUGUCUGCUCUUGGCAGCUAUUAACAGCCCUGUGUUUAGUGAAGAAUGGAAGGCCACUGUUGUAAAACAUCUUGAGGUCCUGGUUUCAUCCUGUGUUGUGGUACCCUGUUCAUUCACCCAUCCUAAAGAGAACCUGCCAGGCUCCAAACUCAGAAAGAUCUGGCAUUCUUCAAAAGGGCGAGAUCAACGCAUCUAUCAUGAAGAUUCCACAGAAAUCUCGGAAAACUUCAGGGGGCGCACAAGGUUGCUGGAGGAAAAGAGUGCUAGCAACUGCACUUUAGAAAUAACUGAAAUUAAAGACCAUGACAAUGGCCCUUUCUGUUUCCGGAUUGAACUAGCACGGACACCGGGUGAUACAUCCACCAUCGACAAGUUCUCCUUUGUUGAAGAUUGUGUUGAGUUCACAAUGCUCAAUGAACCUCCAAAACCUACACUGAUUCACCCAAAGACAGCCAUUCAAGAUCGUCCCUACACUGUCAUGUGUUCAGUAAUCCAUACCUGCCCCUCCAAUGUGCCUAAACUCACAUGGAGUAGGGCAACCACAGACACUGAUGUCAUUGAGGUCCACAAACAAAUUUAUGUUGGCUACUGGGAGACACUAUCCAUCCUGACGUUUAUUCCUGAGGAGAAGGAUGACCACAGAGAGGUCACCUGCACAUCACAAUUUUACGGCCCAAAGACUUCCUAUUCAACACUGACACUUGAUGUAAAACGUACAGAAAACUUUAACCACAUCAUCAUUCCCACAGCAGUGGGGAUUGGUACCGCUGUGAUCUUUGCACUCUUCUGCAUUUUUAUGGUGAAAAAAUACAAGAAUCGCAUUGCAGAGCUCCAACAAUAAGAAGGCAGUGUGUGGAACCGGCUUUCCAGACUGUCUCGCAGGAACAGAGUCUGAAGAUGAGAAGUGGAAAAAAAAACUUCCAAGAAAUAUAUUGUCAGAGGGAAUCUCAAGUCUGCUGUUUAUUCCUGUUUGCCAAAGUCCUGCCUUUAAAGUGUCAAUACAAUACUGUUUUUAAAUGACAUUAGUUCAGAGGCAAAUAAUUUACUGGAGGGUUGAAUCUAUUAGUUUGACAAGCUUGCUUACAUGUUAUUCACAUAUUGGCUUUAAAGAAAUGGCAUAACCUUAAUAGCUUCUUAAAACAAUAGAACAUAAAAAAACAAGACAGAAAGUUCUGUUGAAUGUUUUUGCAGCCUUAAUCCCUGAAAAGCAACAAUUUGUACUGUUUCAUCAUGUUCACUUUGGUUUGGUUUGUCAACACAUAAGUUUAUGAGGAGAAAAAAAACUCAUUCUUUAUUCACCAUCUACUGGCAUGUGAUAUUAGAGGCAGUUUGUUGGUUUUCUUACUUGAACCAGUGGAAACACUGUGUGGAUGUGUGAUUUCGAUUUAAUAAUUUAAACUCAUCUUUUAUAAAGCUUGGCACCAAAUCUAAAAGCGUUUUAGAUAUUUCUUAAAACAGUUUCUCCAUCAAAAUACCAAAGAAAAUCAAAU